AUGGCAGCCGGCGAGGAGAAACGGCACCUCCUGAGCGAGGGCGCAGCCGGGUGCUACGUGGGGGCUGAGCAAAAGAACGGGCACAACUCGGUGCGGGGACAGGCGCCCGCCCUGGAGCUGGGGACACGGCGUGGCCAGCACUGCCACACCCGGGGGCCCGACGGCCACCCCGGGCAGCAGCGGCGGGCGCGCAGGAAGCUCUACCUGGCCGCUGGCAUCUGCCUCGUCUUCAUGGUGGGGGAAGCCGUGGGGGGGUACCUGGCACACAGCCUGGCCAUCCUGACGGACGCAGCCCACCUCCUGACAGACUUUGCCAGCAUCAUGAUCAGCCUCUUUGCACUCUGGGUGUCCUCACGCCCACCCACGAAAACCAUGAACUUCGGCUGGCACCGGGCAGAGAUCCUGGGGGCCCUGCUCUCUGUGCUCUCCAUCUGGGUGGUCACGGGGGUCCUGGUCUACCUGGCAGCCCAGCGCCUGCUCUCAGGUGACUACGACAUCGAGGGUGGGGUCAUGCUCAUCACCUCCGCCUGCGCCGUGGCCGUCAACAUCGUGAUGGGGUUGGCUCUGCACCAGACAGGGCACGGGCACAGCCAUGGGGCAGCCGGGGAGCAGCCCAGCACCAGCGUCCGCGCCGCCUUUGUCCACGUCGUGGGGGACCUGCUGCAGAGUGUUGGUGUCCUCAUCGCGUCCUACAUCAUCUUCUUCAAGCCCAAUUACAAGUUCGUGGAUCCCAUCUGCACCUUCCUCUUCUCCGCGCUGGUGCUGGGGACGACGCUGACCAUCCUGCGCGACGUCCUCCUCGUCCUCAUGGAAGGGACUCCCAAAGGGAUGGAUUUCAACGCGGUGAGGGAGACGCUGCUGGCGGUGCGGGGGGUGGAGGCCGUGCACAGCCUCCACAUCUGGGCGCUGACGGCGGCACAGCCCCUGCUCUCGGUGCACAUCGCCAUCAACGCGGCUGCCAGCGCGCAGGAGGUGCUGGAGGAGGCCAGCUCCCGGCUGCAGGGCACCUUCCACUUCCACACCACCACCAUCCAGGUGGAGAGCUACUCCGAGGAGAUGAGGGACUGCCGGGAAUGCCAGCCCCCCCGUGACUGACUCCUCUGCUGGCUUCCCAGGGGAAACUUCUUAUGUGUGGAAAAUAAAGCAGAGCACAGGGGUG